AGCAGUUUGCAACCAGACGAUGGCAACCCUGAGGCAGCAGGGGUCAGAGGCAGCCGCGUGGUCCGCGGACGACUUCCCUCUCGUGUGAAAUCCGCCUCUCCCGCUGCGCGCGCGCGCAGUCCCCGCACGGAGCCAGACGCGAACUUUUUUGGGGGGAGGUGGGGGCGAGUAGGAAGGAAGGAAGGAAGGAAACAGGUGUUAACCCUUCCGCAGCUGCGCUCCGUUUAAGAGCCGCCGCCCAAGAGCCGCCGGCCAGUUUUGCCCGGGACUUGGCAAGCGAAGAGCGAGCGCUGCGCCUCCGCGUUGUCUGCGCGCCGUGCGCUCCAGGCUUGCCAAGAGUUAACGCGGGAGAGCCGCGACUGUGGUUACUGAGGUUACCCAGAAGGAGCUAGACGUUGGAAGCCGCAGACGUUUGGACCUUGAAGCCCGGGGCAGCUGCUGAACUACCUGCUCCACAUCGCCUCUUGGUGGCCGUCUGGAGAACUGCAACUCAGGCUGGCACCAUGGACUCCACCAAGGACCCCCACGUGAAGGCCUUCGGUGGAGUCAGCGACUAUCUCAACUAUGAGAUCAUCAUAGAGCAUUACAACUUCACGGGGAAGCUAAAUGAAAACGCGGACACCGGGAUCAAAGCAAGUUCUGCGGUCUUCAUCAUCAUCUGUUGCUUCAUCAUCCUGGAGAACAUCUUUGUCCUUCUGACCAUCUGGAAAACAAAGAAGUUCCACAGGCCUAUGUACUAUUUCAUUGGCAACUUGGCACUCUCUGACUUGCUGGCCGGGGUGGCUUAUGUCGCCAACCUCUUACUGUCCGGACACAAGACCUACACCCUCACCCCUGCCCAGUGGUUUCUAAGGGAAGGGAGCAUGUUUGUGGCGUUGUCCGCCUCUGUGUUCAGCCUCCUGGCCAUCGCCAUUGAGAGAUACAUUACAAUGUUGAAGAUGAAGCUUCACAACAGCAGCAACAGUUCCCGUUCUUUCCUGUUGAUCAGUGCCUGCUGGCUCAUCUCUGUGAUAUUAGGAGGUCUCCCCAUUAUGGGCUGGAACUGCAUCCAACGUCUACAAAGCUGUUCCACCGUGUUGCCCCUCUACCACAAGUAUUAUAUCCUCUUCUGCACCUCGGUCUUCACGGGCCUCUUGUUGUCUAUCGUGGUUCUUUACUGCAGGAUCUACAUCUUGGUAAGGACCAAGAGCCGUCAGCUGACUUUCCGGAAGAACAUGGCCAAAGCCACCAGGAGCUCCGAGAAGUCUCUAGCUCUGCUCAAGACGGUGAUCAUUGUUUUAAGUGUGUUCAUUAUCUGCUGGGCCCCUUUGUUCAUUCUCCUCUUACUGGACGUGCGGUGCAAAGUCCGGACUUGCCCAGUUCUCCUCAAGGCCGAAUAUUUCUUAGUACUGGCGGUUCUCAACUCGGCCACAAACCCGAUCAUCUACACGCUAACGAACAAGGAGAUGCGGAGAGCUUUUGUCAAGAUUAUGUCGUGCUGCAAAUGUCCCGCCGCAGACUCCGGGACCAAAUUUAAGAGGCCCAUCAUUGGGGGGAUUGAGUUCAGCCGAAGCAGAUCCGACAACUCCUCCCACCCGCAGAAAGACGAGGGCGACUCUCCAGAAACUAUUGUGUCUUCGGGUAAUGUCACCUCGUCAUCGUAGGAGCUCUCGAAUGGAGGAGGCGUGGGCCCGCCGAAGGCCGAUGCGUGGAAUGGUUCUGAUCACUUGUCUCACGCCAAGAUGAGGGAAAGGAUAGGCUUGAAGGGGAGUUGUGUGGCACUUGCGAGGGGAGGAGCGGGGACAGAUUGUGUGACUUGAAAACAUUUCCUCCCUGGAAGUUUGUUGUGUGUCGUUUGGGAUUGCAACGAGGCCACUUAGGGUUGCUGGAAGUGUUUGUGCCCUAUAUAACUCCGAAGACUGAAACCUUGGUGAAACGACACCUGUUGAAUGAGGGUGGGUGGGGGGUGGAAAAUACUAUUUUCCUCUCCAGAAAAAUGUGAACCUAUAAAAUAAAGAGCUUACUGGGUUUUUCCUUCUUCUUUUGAAUAACAGCCCUCCCCACCUUACUGAGCAGCAAGGGGAAGCCAAUCUGCCUGUCGAUUCUCUUCUGGGCAAAUCUAAAGAGAAUUUGAGUGUUUUGCUUCAAGAUUGGCCAAAGCGCCACUUGACUUUCAAUUAGAAGUUGGUGGGAACUGGGACAUGGAGGGCUUCAAUGGUUAGUUUGAAGAACACUGCCUCUCACUGCAUGCUGCCAUUGAAUUCUCCUGAAUUGAAUGGGACUACACUUGAGUUAGGCUGGGGAUGUCUGGAACGGAAGGGGCCUCAUUUGAACCUUGGCAUGAAAUUGAUUUGAUAAAUGUGCCACUCGAUAACAAGGUGCAUUUAUUGUUAGCAAUUUCGAUAGCACCUCGGCGCAUGAGGGGCCGUACAAACUAUUGUCUCACUUAUUCUCGGAAUAAUCCUAUCAUAGUUUAGGCCGAGCGACGGCUCUUGGAGGCGUCUGAAGCCUUGAACGCUGGAUAAAGUUUGGACGAAGCCAAUGGUCUGCAUUCCACCCCAGAUUCUUUUAGAUCCCAGAACGUUUGCAAUUUUAAAAGGUGUUUAUAAGUUUGCCGAUGUCCACAGAAAGUAUUUGUUGUGUUAAUUGAAUGUAAUUUGCCACAGCAUCAAUUGCUGGGCUCUGUGUGUUUGUGUGUAAAUAUAUACAUAUAAAUAUAUAUUUGACCCGAGUUAAUUGGGUGCACAUUCUGUGUGUACAAUGUGUACAGUGUGUAGAGAAGCUAACCAGGAUAGUAGCUGUCCUGUGCUAAGAGUAAUAGUUUUCCAUUUGUAUCAAUAAUUUGGGACUCACCUUAAAUCUCAUGGGACCUGGGCUGGUUCUAAACACAUCAAGAAGCGAUUUAGUUAAACGCGUUGUAAACUUCAUAGUGGGAAAUCCCAUUAGCGAAAAACGGGACUCCACAGCGCCACCUGGUGUCGCGGUGUUAUAACGCAUAUAAAGUCCUUUAUCUUUACGAAUGUAGCUGAGUCCCUGGUUUAAAUUAUUUGGUGCCUCUCUCAAGUUUUUCCCCCUCCCUCAUCUUCUCCAAAAAGAGUGACUGGGUGCAAAGGAGGAUAGCAGAGCUGCUGUAUUUCAGCUGUGUAGGAAAGGAAAUUUCAGGAGGUUGUGCAGAUGCAAAAAGUCAGGCCACCUGAAAUUACUUUUUGUUACGCAGCUGUUAAAAAGUCGCAGUGACUCUCUUCCUCCUUUGGGGAGGAGGGGCCAUAGCUGAGUUACAGAGCUCAUGUUUUGUGUGCCAAAAAUUCCAAAUCUAUACAUUGAAAAGAAAUUGGCAGUAGGGUGUUCAGUGAUGUGGGCCCAGACCCAACGGUUGAAGGUUGUUGUCCGAGAGUGUUACUGAGGUAAUUAUGCAGGACUGCUGAAUUCAAUGCAUUAAUGUACAAAUAUUGGUUUUUUUAAAAAAAAUAAGACUGCUGGCCUUCUAGUAUUCCUAGUGCAAUUCUUUUUGUAAAAACAAAAAUAGAAUUUAACUUGUUUCUGACUUUGGUUGUACAGUUUGCACAUAGCUGCGUUGACCUCUAAAUAUAAAUAAACUGAGGGUUUUGUACAAGUUCU